AUGCUUUUACUGUUCAUAUGGGUGGAAACAUCAAAUGAAUAUUUUGGUUUUGACUGGGCUGUGUACUUAACUACAGGAGUAUGGUUCUACUGGUCCAUUGUUUUGCUGUCUGUUAUUGGGAUCCUGACUGCCUACACUUCACUGCUGUUGAUUCUCGGAUUUUUAUUGAUUUGGGAAGGGAACAAAUUAUACCUGCACUGGUGUCAUAAGAUUCUGAUUCUGAUAGUGGAUGUGAUAACCAUCAGUAUGUUGGUGGUAUUAUGCAAACUAUGGAAAGACAAGUGGCUGAUACUUGGACUGUCCCUGAAGGUUUUUACUCCCUACUGGCAUGUGGCCUGCAUAACACUGAUGGUUGUCUUUUCAUGGCCUCUAUCCUACUGCUUGGUCCAGUUGGAAGGAAAAGCUAGAUACAGAAAAUUGAUGAUGAUGACGUAUUAUGAGACAGAAACAAUCAAGAGAUGUCAUAUACUUACAAGGUUGAAAGCUCUGCAAAUGGUGAUUGGAUUGCCCUUCAUUAUUAUCCUUUUGUUUCUCUAUGUGAUGCCGCUGGGGAUUCAUUCUCCCUGCAUCCAGGAUAAGGAGAAGUUAGGGCCCAAGCCAAUCGUCUUUGGACAUAGAGGUGCCCCCAUGAUGGCACCUGAGAAUACCAUGAUGUCUUUUGAGAAAGCCAUUGAACAAGGGGCCCAUGGGCUGGAGUCUGAUAUACACCUAAGUUACGAUAGCGUGCCUUUCCUCAUGCAUGACCAUGAUUUGAAACGAACAACUAAUAUCAAAGAGGUGAUGCCUAAUUUGUCCUCCAAUAGAAGUGACUCCUUCGAGUGGAAUUUUCUGUCAACUCUGAAUGCAGGCGAAUGGUUUUUAAAGGUAAUAGAAGAACCACAGGACAAACCAUUUUUUGAUAUGAAACCCCUUUCAAAAGUGGAUAGUGAAAGAGCAAGAAAUCAGAAAAUUCCAAAACUACGUAGUUUACUGGAUCUUGCACAGAAAGAAAAAAAAUUUGUGAUGUUUGAUCUUACACGCCCUCCACCAAAACAUCCUUACAGAAACACAUAUGUUCGAGUGGUCGUAAAGGUGAUUCUUGCCUCUAAAAUUGAGCCACAUCUGAUUUUUUGGUUGCCAAGUUUUGAUAGGGACUAUGUCAGGCUGAAGGCUCCUGGUUUUCAGCAAGUGGGCCGGUUAUACCCCCUUCAAAAACUUUCAGAUGAAAAAAUAAGAAUAAUAAAUGUUGACUACAAAGAGUUGUUCUACAGUGGGUUGAGAGAUUAUAAAGCAGCUAACAUCACCAUCAACCUAUACAUUGUCAAUAAACCUUGGCUCUUCUCACUGGCCUGGUGCUCCAGAAUUCAUUCUGUCACAACAGACAACAUUAAGCUCCUGAGUGAGAUUGAUCACCCUCAUUUUUUCAUGACUCCAAGGUAUUACAUGUUUAUAUGGCUUCUCAUAGACUGUAUUUCUGCAAUUUUAAUUUCUGCCAUAUUUUGUUUUCACUGGUAA